AUUAUCACUAAUUUUUUCAAUAUCAUAUCACAUAUAGUCAUAUUAUUCCCUCUCGUACUAUUCUUGAAAUCGCUACUAUGAGUGUCACCAAAAUUAGUCAAGAAUUCGCUAGCCCGGUUGCCCCGGCACGUGCAUUUAGGGCAUUGAUCCUUGAAUCCAACACCCUAUUGCCAAAACUCCUACCACAAUUCAUCAAGAGUGUCGAAUUAUUGCAAGGAGAUGGAGGAGUUGGAAGCAUCGAGCAAGUAAAUUUCACCGAGGCUAGUCACUUUAAGUACAUGAAGAACCGUAUCGAUGAACUAGACAAGGAAAACUUCGUGUGCAAAUACACGAUGGUUGAGGGCGAUGCAUUGGCCGACAAGAUCGAAUCGAUCGCUUACGAGAUUAAGUUCGAGAACUCCAAUGACGGCGGCUGCAUUUGCAAGAUGACGAGCGAGUAUCAGGCGUUUGGAGGGUACGAGGUGCAGGAGGAAGAGGUGAAGGCCGGGAAAGAGAGUGCCAUGGCUAUAUACAAAGUUAUUGAAGCCUAUCUCUUGGAAAACCCCAAUGCUUUUGCCUAGUUUAUUUGUCUAGUAUUCAAUAAUUUGAUUGAUUAUUGUGUGUUUUCACUAUAUUGAUUGAUAUUGUUUUCAAUUUUAAUUGUGAUUGAUAAUAAGAUUUUUUUUUUAA